AUGUCCGAAGAUAACGACUAUAAAGCACAUGAAAACACCAAAAAGAUCAAUGCGGCCCUGGAGAUUAUCAAGAACAAGCCCAGCAGUGGUAAAAGUAUUCAGGAAGAUAGAAAAUCGGAUUUAACGUCUUAUACAUUGGAAAAUGGUGUCACCGUCUCCACUGUAGAUCGUGUGGUGAGCUCGGUUCCGCCGGUCGCUAGGCAUCUUCCCAAAGAUACGGAAGUUUUUUUGGCCAAUGGAUUGCCGAAUCACGAAUUUUUGCGUAAUCACUUUCGCCAAGAAGGUCGAUUGAGCACUUCUCAAGCACUUCGGAUAUUACAAUCAGCAACAGAGUGUCUAGCCAAAGAACCUAAUUUACUUCAGGUUCCAGCGCCAGUUACUGUGUGUGGUGAUAUUCACGGACAGUUCUAUGAUUUACUGAAACUAUUUGAAGUGGGCGGUGAUCCGCAGUCAACACCCUAUCUAUUUUUGGGUGAUUAUGUUGAUCGGGGUUCCUUUUCUUUUGAAUGUCUGAUCUAUCUUUACAGUUUGAAAUUGAACUUUACUUCUCAUUUCUGGCUGCUUAGGGGAAACCACGAGUGUAAGCAUCUGACCUCAUACUUUACAUUCAAAAGCGAGUGUCUUCACAAGUAUAGUUUGGAGGUAUAUGAAGCAUGUUGCCAGUCAUUCAAUGCUUUGCCCUUAGCGGCCGUCAUGAACGGACAAUAUUUUUGUGUUCAUGGUGGUAUUUCUCCUGAAUUGAGGAAUUUGGAGGACAUUAAUAGAAUUAACAGGUUCAGAGAAAUUCCUUCUAGAGGACUUAUGUGUGAUUUGAUGUGGGCAGACCCUAUUGAGACUUAUGAUGAGGAUUCCGAUAAUCCUUCUGUGUCCGCUUUUGUUCCUAAUUCUGUAAGGGGUUGUUCUUUCGCAUUCUCCUACAAAGCCUCGUGUGAAUUCUUGCAAAGAACUCGUCUCCUGUCAAUCAUAAGAGCACAUGAAGCCCAAGAUGCAGGUUACAGGAUGUACAAAAACACUAAAACGCUAGGAUUUCCUAGUUUACUGACGUUAUUUAGCGCACCAAACUAUUUGGACACGUACAAGAAUAAGGCUGCUGUAUUGAAAUAUUCCGAUAACGUAAUGAAUAUCAGACAGUUCAACAUGUCACCUCAUCCAUAUUGGCUCCCAAAUUUCAUGGACGUUUUUACGUGGUCACUGCCCUUCGUUGGUGAAAAAGUCACAGAGAUGUUGGUUUCUAUUUUGAAUAUCUGCACAGAGGAAGAACUAGAGGAAGAUACUCCGAUGAUUAAGGAAGACGUUGGUAACGCACAGGUUUCAGUCCAAUCUAGUUCACGUGGCACUGAAGAGCAAAAGAAGCCAACAUCAUCGAUUCUCCACGAUGAUGCCAAAAGAAGAGCUUUAAGGAACAAGAUUAUGGCAAUUGCAAAGGUUUCAAGAAUGUAUUCUGUUUUAAGGCAGGAAAGUGAGAAAGUUGAGUAUCUAAAAACGAUGAAUUCGGGAGUUUUACCUCGAGGUGCUUUAUCACAUGGCUCUGAGGGUUUGAAUGAAACUUUGUCAAGUUUUGAAAAAGCUCGUAGGGCCGACCUCAUUAACGAAAGAUUGCCUCCCAAUCUUAAUGACGUUCAGAAAAGCAGAAGUGAUUAUUACAAAAAAAUAAUGAGGGGAGCAGGAAAGAAGUAG